AUGGAAAACAAAUUUUUGUUAGGUCUGUCUCAAGAUUAUCUUAAAUUGUUGGAAACAGGAGAAUAUGCGGAUGUCAUCAUAUAUACAGGACAAGAACCUGAUAAUAAAGAAUUCCGAGCCCAUUCGCUUGUAUUACGAUCGAGAUCAACAUAUUUUAGAGACGCUUUUUCAAAUGAAUGGGCAAAAACCCAAGGAAAUUUAAUGAUUUUCAAACAACUCGAUAUUUCUCCUGAAGUUUUCGAAAUCAUUUUAAAGUUUCUUUAUGGAGGAUCAUUAUGCCUUGCAGAACAUGAUGCAAGAAUUAUUCUCGAAUUAUUAAUCUCAACGGAUGAAUUAGAGCUUGAUGAACUGACAGAUUACAUUCAAGAAUAUUUAUUAAAUAAUUCAUGGAGGUUAAUGUCACAUUUUGUAUUAUUUCACAGAUUCGCGAUGCAAAAUGAUGAAAGGUUUCCCAAAAUAAGAAAAUGUGUAAUCGAAUUAAUAAAAGAGAAUCCUUCAACAAUAUUUGAUUCAAAUGAUUUUACUACGAUCGAUCAAGAUACAUUAAUCGCUUUUUUUAAAUGUCAUAACUUUUCUUCAAUUAAACCUGGAAUUUUGUGGAGAAAUUUGGUGGAAUGGGGUGUCGCUCACACGCCAUCGGUACCGAUACAAUAUGUUGAGUGGACAGAUGAGGAUUUUGAAGCUUUAGGGGAUACGCUUGAACCUUUUAUUACUUUAAUUAAAUUUACCGAGAUGGAUUCUGAAGAAUUCCUUUCAGAAGUUAGACCUUGGAAAAAAUGUUUAGAUUAUAUUGAUCCGGACUUUUAUACCCAAGUACUUGAAUAUCGUCAACUACCAGCUAUUAAUGUUACCUCUAAAUUGUUUAAUUUACUAUUGGAAGUGAGGGAUCGAAGACAUAUUAAAGAAAUUGAUUCCAAUUUGAUCACACCUUCUGACGCAACGUUAAUAGCAAAUUGGAUUUACGAGGUUUCAUCGAGUAACGGUAUUAACUUUUCUUCACAAGAAGAUGGAAACUAUAGUCCAUCAAAUUCAUCAUUUAUUUUUUCCCUUGGUGAUAAAGUAUUUAAUUAUGAACCUAAUUUAUCAAAAAUUACCAAUGCCUCUAAAGCAAUCUAUCAAAGUGAGUCCUAUGGUCCUUGUUUUGGUGGUGGUUAUUCCGAUUUAAGAUUAUUUGGUGCCGAUUUUAAAGAUAACGGGGAAUGUAGUAAAAGAGUUCAGUUAUACGAGGAACAGAUCGGGUUGCAAGCGAUUAUUGUGAGAGGGAUUCGCGAUAAUCGAUUCUUAGACGAUGAAUCAAAUUUCCGUUCGCAGAAAUUUCUUCAAUACACGAGAAAUCAAUCUGGAUCAUAA